AUGACUGAACGCAAUAUUUCGACGACCGGAUUGCCAGAAUCUCAAGAAAAAAUUAUGGAAACUGCGUUUAAUAUUUUCGAUUCCUGGUGGCUAUUCAUGUCCAGGUGAAAUACUGCACAUUAAACAAAGAAAUUUAAUUAUAUUUAACCGAAUAGCGAACAAUGCAGUAAGCUAUAAAAAGUAAUAGGAUACAAAUUUCUUAAGGCAAACUGAUUAAUAAAAGAAAAAUUCCAAAAAUUGACCUAAGCCCUUCUUUCUUGGGGAACCAAAGAUAUAUUUAAUUUAAUUUACAAUGGUUGUGUUUUAUCCUUGUAAACGUCCGCGGAUAAAGUCUAAUGUUCGCCACCAUGAUUGGAUUUUCUUUCUUUUUUUUGUUCAAGUAAAAUAACGUGAUUUUUUUAAAAUUAUUAUUUGCUAUUUCUACGCUAUAUAUGAUGCAUGGAGUUUGUAUGUUAUAUACAUAGCGUAAAAUAUAUCUAUAUAUCUAUUCUUCGCAACAUAUAUAUAUAUAUAUAUAUAUAUAAUUAAAUAGCGUUGUAUAAAGAUAAUAUUUAAACAACUUGGAUAAAGGUAUGAGAUGAUUGCUAAAAUAACUAUCAAGACAAAGAAAAAAUAUACACACCAAUGUAAUAAUUUAGAUAACGGUAAAUAAUCAAAAACUUUUUAUUUAGAUAAAAAAAGAUCAUUUUGUUCAUAGCCUAUAAAUAAAAUUAGUUGCUAAAAACAGUAAAAGUUCACCAAACUUAGUACACGUCAUCUAGAUUUCACAUAAUGUUUGUGUGCUUGAUAUUACUUAAUCUUCUUCUUCAUAUCUUUCUUUAGAAAAAAGAUGAACUUCAUCCAGUGGGGAACUAAUUCUAAGGGGGGGGGGCAUUUUCCGUCAAGAUUCCUAAAAUGUAUGUAUCUUUAUACUAUAUUGGACUCGUGUGUACAGUACGCAUCUAUAAUAUUUGUGACUAUGCUUUAAUAUUCACAAUGAUACACUAAGGCGGGGGUUCUUAACCGGUGGUCCAUGGACCCCUAGGGGGUCCGUAAAGGGUAACUCGGGGGUCCACAAAGUGGAUGUGAGAUUUUUAAAAUUUUACAUUCCUACUUUAUAUUGUCUAUUUUACAUUCUUAUAAUUUUUAGUUAUUUGUAUGAUUUUAUUUAAUAUUAAUGUAUACUCUCUGCCAAUUAAAGGCGUUAUCAUUUAUUUUAAAUUAUUCUUCACAAUAAAUUAUCAUUAAAAAAAUGUCCGGUGGCGAUGAUACGCUCGUUUGACAUCUCCCUCUAAUAUAUAACGGUAUAUACCUAAUAAAAAGCACGUUUGUAUGUGACAAAUUGAUUAAUUUUUAGCCGUGUCCUAUGCAUGGUCAAUCGUGUUCUUCAAAUUUUCUAAAUUACGUUGUCGACGUGCUAUUAUACUUAUUAUAUAGGCUUAACAGAAAUGUAAAGACAAAAUAGACGACAAAAAAAAAGGGAAAAAAACAUAGAAAAUUAAUAUUAAUAUAUGUAUUCUUUACGACGUCGAGUCGUCUAGUCAUACCGGCGGUGGCAGAACCUCUUAGAUUUCCACCAACCAGCCCCCCCGAAGCAUAAAAUCUUGCCGUAUAUUACAAAGAUAUUCAUAACUAAGUUACAAUAGCCGUUUUAGUUUCUGAGCGUGGUAAGAAAUACGUUGGUUUUAGUAUGAUGUGCGAUUUUGAAUAUUUUUUUUCCGCUGUGAAAAACUUUUAAUCCGAUCAUUGAUUUUUGGUAAAAUCAUGUGUCUAGUCGGUGCGGUGAAAUUAUAGUUUUUUUUUAUUUUCCUAGGGAUUUUCAUAGUAAAUAGGAAAAAUCGGGAAAAAAACGUAGAAAAAACGGGAAAAUGUACGAAAUAUGUUAUUUUAAAAUCUUAAAUAUUAUAGCCUUUCAAAACAUGUAUACCCAUAUAUAUAUAUAUAUAUAUAUAAUAUUAUAUUGCUGACAAAACUCCGUUCAGAAUCGUUUUUCAUUAGCAAUGGUUAAUCAUUGAGUACAGAAAUACAUUAAAUUUCUGUCUAUAUCCUAAAUUUUCAACUUCUCACUCACAACAGUAGCUGUUCAAAAUCACUUUGCUCAGAAUCGUUUUUCAUUAACGUGGGUAUAAUUUAUUAUUCUAUAUAUAGACACCUAAUACUUUCAACAUUUCUCACCCACAAUAGUGGCCCCCACCUGUGGUGCGAAGUUCUUAUGUCAGUGGUUUCUUCCCCCCUUUCAUUGCAGUUCUAGCUAAACAAGCUUAAUAUUAUAAAUUCGCAUAAAUCACAUAAAGCGACGAGUUCACCAGUUCAUUUUCGUUUGAUCAUGUGGUGUUUACAGGUGUAAGUGCACCACUACGACUACGCCACUUGAAUCUCGCACACUUUAGUCGCAAAGCGAUUUGAUUCCCAGCGCGUUUAUAUUAUUAUUGCGUACACCUACCCUAGUAAGUACCUUUAGUAAAAACACUUAAACACGUCAAGUACACGCAAGAACACACAAGGCAAACAUACAGUAAUUGUAAUACUGCAGCAACAACGAUGGAAAUUAUUAUAAUUGUGUAAUGUCAUUAUAUUAUGUAUAAUAUAAAUAAUACAUACCUAUGUAAAUAUAAUAUAUUAUAUUACAACAAAUCCACAAACAUCGCUCUUAAAGUUAAAUAUGAGCGUUAUUAACUGCUCGACGCGUAUUCGGUUUUUAUAUAUUUGUUUUCGUAUUUUAUAUCAGUUAUCUUAUCUCAAACGCGCAGAUUUGUUAUAUUAUGUUCGCAUUAAUGUGUGUUAUAAUACGUUACAAUUUUUUUUUUUGGCGAAUGCGUCACGGGUGGAUUGUCGGCCGUUGUUAUAGAGACGCUUUGGUGUUGGUCGAAAAGUAACUUUAUAAAAUAUUAAGAGCCCUAUGGUAUACGCAUGAUUUAUUUUUUCCGUCUAUUUCACGUGUAUUAUAGUGACAAAUAUGUUUCACACUUCAACGAUCGUGACUCUCUGGUCAAGUUUAGGGUAUACAGGUAUACCAGUAUCAGUACACGAUAAAUCGAUGUAUCUAUUUUCCCAAAAUUUAAAUAUCAAUAUAAUUAUAUUUAAAAAUGGCUAAUCCUCCUAUAUAGUCUAUAAUGACAGUAGCACCGAUUUCAUGUUUAGGGGGAAUAUUGAUGACUUACCCAGGGCCGUAAUUAGGGUUAAGUGAGGGGGUGGGGGUAUCAGCAUGUUGUCAUAAAAAUACACAUAUACAUUUAUUUUAAGUAAAUUUAAUUUAUAAGUAUUUAAACAAUUAAUAGACACAAAUAGAUAAAUCUAAUAUUCAUAUAUUAUAAUAAGAUAAAAUAAACUGUAUAGGUAAGCCAGGGUAUAUUUAUAAAUAUUUAUUUAUUACUUGAUGAUAGCUUAUGGCCGAAACAUGUUAUAAUAUACAGGGUGAUUCACUAAGAGUGCUCACUCCAUUUUUUUUGGUUAUAUUUUGCAUACAUUCAAAUUUUGAUUUUUGAAAUUUUUAGGAGUAGUUAAAACCGAUAUUUUCGAAUAAUUAGAUUUUCACAAUAUUUAAGAAGUAUCCUUUGGAGACAGCAACUUUGUUUAUUCAAAUAAGAACAUUCUGUACAUAAAAUUUAUAAUAUUAUUAGCCUUAUAGGUCUAUAAUAUUAGUAUAUUAUAAAUGUGGAAUACUUAUAUUAUAAUAAUAUUUUUAAAUAGAUAAACUUUCGAAUAUUAUGAUUUAUAUUAAACAAUACAAUGCACUGAUAUUUCGGAUAACUGUAUAAAACUAAAUAAUUUUGUUUCUUUGCUGUAUGAAAACAUAUGUUGUCCAUUGUAAACCUGAACAAAAUUACUGGUAAAAAAUGUUGUAAUAUUUUACUAUAAAUUCGUACAUUUCCUCGUUAUUUCUCUGUUUUUACCAGGUUUUUCUAAUAUAAGAAUAAAAUUCCCGAGAAAAAAAAAACCACUCUAAAUUACCACUCUAGUCAGAUUUCAUUUCAGAAAAGUACUACACUUGUAAAUUGGAACAAUAUUUCUGGUAGAAAAUUCGUUUACAGUUAACAAAAAAAUAAAUAUCAUUGUAAAACCAUAAGCUUCUUCGUUUCACUUAAAAUAUAAAAUAAAUAUCAUAGUAAAACCAACACAUUUCUCGCUCCACUCAGAAUCUAAAAUAUAUAUUUACUAUAUGUAUCAGUGGCGACCAGUGAGUAAAAUAAUUGGUGGUGCACAUUUAAAAAAAAAUGUAUACAAUAAGAACAGUCAAUUUAAAAAACAGGAACUAAAACAAAUAUUUUAUUGAAAUAUGGAUAUAUUUGUAUUUGUUUUAUAUAGGAGGUUCUUAGAUAGAUAUCUACUACAAUAUAUUUGGGAAUGAUGUUUGUUUUUGUAACGUUUAUUAAAUAAUAUUAUUUAUGGAUUGAAUGCAAAUCGGGUCGGUCAAUAUUUUCUAUAGAGUAUUUUUUGAGAUAACGCCGCCCGCCGGACAAGAAAAGAAACAAUCAGUUCCCAAAGUAUGAUAUUCUCCGUCACAGCGGUAGACGGCUGUACGGCCUUGGAGAUGCGACAUUCGUUUGUGCAUUAACACACCACAACUUUAAUGGCAAUUGUGCCAGUAAUGGGAAUGAAACGGUUAAAUACGCAUGGGCAACUGGUGCAAAAAUUGUAUUUGCCCGUCCAUACUCCGUGGCCGCUGCCACUACGAGCGCUGCGUAUUGUAUACAAUGGUAUACCUAAAACGUACGAUAACAUUCGUUUUUCUCGACUUUUCGCAUUAAAUAUUUUAUUGUAGUAAAGCAGCAAUGUAUAGGUAAUUUUCAACAUUGUAGGUGGUGCACUGCUCCUGAGCACCAUAACGCCAUGCCACCGAUAUGUAUAAACAUAUAACUUUCAAAAACAAAUUGGCAUUUUUAAAUUUUUGUCUAGUGAUUUUUCAUGAUGCUAAUACUAUUAAAAUGUUAAAACUUAUGUCUUAUAACAUAAAAAACAAUAAAUAACUAUAUUUUAGUAAUUAUUUAAUAAAUAAUUUAAAGCAAAUAAAAAUCAAAAAUGUAUGGUACGAUUUAGGUAAAACUGUACAUAUGACUGUACUUAUGACCUUAAUGCGUAAGUAUAUCUUAUGCGCAGACUGUAGUACAACCACGAGCCCGAUGUCGUGUGCAGUGACUAUAUCAUAAUAUUUAACGCUGUUAAAAACACAUUUCACCAGUUUUACCAUAAUGCAAUUGCUUCGAAAUAAUAUGAUAUUUUUAACUAGUGUUUCAGUAAUUAUUAUACUAUUUAAAUAUAUACGAAUUCACAUUGUCUGCAGCCUCUCCAGAUAGUAUCUAUACACGCACACUGAACAUAUUUGUAUUUAAGUUUUAAUUACAUGGAUAUUAAUACAGCUAAUAAUAUUAUGAAAAGUAUAUAUUUUUUUUUCAUAUUAUGAGAGAAAAACGUGUCUAAAUUCAUACAAUUUUUUAAUAAGACCGUUAAAAUAUUAUAUUCUAUGCCGAGGUAUGAAAGAAAUACAAAUAAAAAUGACUUCCGCAAAUAAUGCUUUUAUACGUUUUCUAUACAGAUAAUUAUACCAGGGCAAAUUUCUAGCAGAUUUUUACGACAUACAAUAAUAAAAACGUAGUUAAAAUAAUAUUAUAGUACUACUGAACAUUGGUGCAAGGGGAUAGGUUGACAAAUUAAGAAUUUGUUUUCUCCGAUGUCAGAGGCCCCCCGAAAACUGAGCGGCCACACUUGAAGGAUAAUAAGCGAUAUGUUUUACUAUGUAUUUUCAUAUUUUACAAUAUUCUAUUAAAUAUAUUGUUAUUAUUUAUUAUCAACGUCCACGUAAAACUUAAAAGGAGAUAAAGGUACUUUAAAUUAUUGUGCGUAACUGUUUAAAUAAAAACUAUGCAGUUGUAAGUUGUGAUAAGGAAAUAAAACGUUAAAUAAAAUAUCAAUUAUAUGAACACCUUAUCGCUUCGGUUAUCAUUCAGAUAUAUUAUCAUUGUUAUUGCUUAUGCCACGAUAUAGACUAUAGACACAAUAAAUAAGUAAUUUACUGCUUACAAGAUUAUUCCAAUGACCAUUAUUUAAAGAUAAAUGUGUGUAAUUUAAUAACAUAUUUUUUUUUUAAAUUGUCACUUUUUUAGCCCAUGGGAUGAUAUAAAUCCCAUAUCCCCCCCCCCCGUAGAUUAACCAAUAUACUGAGGACGAAAAAUAAAUAAAAAACAAAAUUAAGUAUAAUAGUAUAACAAUUUAAAUAUGUUUGCAGUUAUCGACGCCAAAAAGUAUUCGAAAAAUCUGCGUAAAAAAGUUUCAUAAACGCGAAACAAUUCACAAAAUAAAUUUAAAGUUAUAUUGAAGAGAUGGAAAGGAAAUUAUGUAAAUACGCGACUCGGUUCAUUGAGGUUCGAUAACAUAACGGUAACGGGAAAACAACCUACAAAUUUAAACGAAUUUGAAUUUUCGCACGUGUGUUUGUUACCAAAAACCUCUAUUAUACCAUAAAUACGAGUACAUCACGCAAUAUAUACAAUUACUGGAAAAUCAUAAAUUUCACUUUAAUAAAAUCGAUGAAACAAAAACCAUCUCAAUAGUUAUACAUAAUUCAUACCUAUAGUUGAAAUAUUGCUGCCGAUAUAUGCAAAAUGAAUUUCAAGGAAAUUUAUGAUGUUUCAUUACAAUCAAUAAGAUGAUUACGUUAAAUUGUUUAUCAACUAAUUAAUUUUAAUACAAUAUUGUCUAGUAUAUAUUAUAAAGGCAAGCGUAUAUGGAGGGGGGAAAUUGUGGGGUCAGCCUUCCACCCUCCCUUGCACUUAUUAUCUUUCUUUUUAUGUAACGUACAUUACAGUUUUGUAUUUAUACUUUUAAAAAAAAAUUUCCCAUAAAAGAAACAAAAAUCAGAUAUUUUGAAAAUUGUAUUUUCCACUCCGUCCUCUACCAGGUAAUCUAUUUAAGUAGGUACACUUGCUAUCUAAGAAAGUAUUAACUUUUUCCGGAAUUUGUUUUCUAGAACAUUUAAUAAACAAGCUGCUCUACAAUUUUAUAAAUGUGUUAGUUUUUUUCACCCUUAUUUUUGAAGGUAAAACCACUACCUACUUAUGGUUUUCAAAUGGUAACCUAUAUUAAAAAUUAUAUAAGUAGAUAAAGUAUUAAAUAAAAUAAAUUUUAGUGUUGACAUUUUUGAUUCGUGUCAAAUCGUUGACGAGAUAUUCCUCUUUUAAAUUUAGGUUGGAGGAGAGUAGUGGUGCAUUAUUGACACGCCACACGCUAUAUCGCCACACAAAUGAUACUUCAUUACUCUCUUCCAACUAAAACUUAAAAGUGGAAUAUUUCGUCAACGGCUUAACAGAAAUGAAAAAUCAAAAAUGUCCAUACUAAAUUUUAUUUUAACUAAUAAUCCAUCUAUCUAUGGAAAUUUUAAUAUAGGUUGCCAUUUGAAAACCAAAAUUAGGUAGUGGUUUUACCUUCAAAAAUAACAUAAUUAUAAAAUUGUAAAGCUACUUAUUUCUUAAAUAUUCUAGAAAACGAAUUCCAAAAAAAAUAAUUUCCGAUAUAAUGAACGCACCCACUUAAAUGAAUCACCCGGUAUAUAUUAUAACCGUCCGUUGUAACCUUAUUAAACUAGUUUUCUCGAAAACUGUAAAAACGUAAACAAUAUCAGUUUAAUGGGCAGCUAUAAUGCCACUGAUAACUAAUACUUUACCAUAAAACAUAAUGACCCGAUUAGUAAAGAAUAUUUCUGUAGAUUUUUUAGAUUUUGAAUGGAGCGAAGAAGCUUAUAGUUUUACAAAGAUGUUUAUUUAGUUAAUUAUUUAUUUAAUGUAUUUAACAAACCUAUAAUUUUAAAACUAAUACUUAUACUUAUUAAAUACGGACAAUUCAAAUUCUGCGUGUGACGCAUGAAUAAUAAAACAUAAAUAUUAUAUUAUAAUGUAAAUGUGUUUUAACGAAAAUUGGCUUUAUUUAUAAAAGUAUUAGCGACUUUUUCAAUAUCCACAUCUUCGUUUAGAUGGACAUGAAGAAUAGCUAUAUCAAUGAAACGAUUCUGUGUCAUUGUUGACAGUGCUCGAAUUGGGGGGGGGGAACACAGGCAGACCAAGUCUUCUUUUAUUUUUUCGUAGAUUUCAGCGUACCCCUUCAUUUAACUAAUCCUGGAACGCUAGAAACGCGUUCUCUUAGGCAUGUCUACUUUUGAAUGGUGUAUUUAAAUUUGUUUUCGUUUAUUUAUCGUUUACGGUUAUCGUCGACGACAAUCGAGGCGGUACAAAUAAUAAUUUAGCAACAAUACUACAUAACAGUAUUUAUAUUAUUAUUUGUCACCCUUAUUUUUAGGAGUAAAAUCUCUACCUACUUUUGAUUUUCAUGAGGCCACCUGUAUUAAAAAUGUCAUAAAUAAAUGAAGUAUUAAUUAAAAUAAGUGUUGGUGUUAAAAUUUUUAAUUUCCGAGAUAUUCCACUUUUAAGUUUUGUUUGGAGGAGAGUGGUAUUAUCAACACACCGCGCGUCGUACUGCCACACAAAUAAUACUCCACUACUCUCCUCCAACCAAAACUUAAAAGUAGAAUAUCUCGAUCGACAGAAAUCAAAAGUGUGAAUACUAAAAUUUAUUUCACCUAAUAAUCCAUUUAUUUAUGGAAUUUUGAAUAUAGGUUGCCGUUCGAAAAUCAAAAGUAGAUAGAGAUAUUACUUCCAAAAAAAAUAGUGACAAAAAAUAACAUAAAUGUAAAAUUGUAGAGCUGCGUGUUUCAACAUUUUUCUAUAAAAUUAAUUCCGAAAAAAGUUAAUACAUUCCGAGACAAUGAGUGUCUUAUGAUAGAUUGAUCACUCCGUAUAGUUAUAAAAAAUAGUUUAUCAUCGAUGACGAUCAAUUACGAUUGGAAAUAUACCUAUAACGCUUUACAAAGUACGAUAAUAUUUUUUUUUUUUUCAUAAUUUUAUUAUUCAACGUAAUCGCCGAUUCACGGGUAAUGCACGUUACCAUGUCACAUGAGCACUGACUACGAGAAAAUCCACGCGUUAAGGCUUUAAAGUUUAAAAUAAUUAUUUUUUGUUGUGAAAUGAAUAGAUUUUUACUUAAGUUCUAAUAACAAUAAAAAAAAUCGUACCACCGAUGUCCAAGGCAAGGAAGACGACACAAAUGUUGGAAAUGAAAAUGCUACUCCAUUAUGUAAGUUAGACCUUUUUUAUUUUCAUUCAAUACCUAAUUAAACCGUUAGGAGUCGAAUCACGAUCUAAAAGACAGUAUCUUAUUAUUUAAACAAAUUAUAUUCAUUGAUUUUAGUAAUUUAUAUUAUUUUGUCUACUUGAAUAUCUUCAAUAUAUAUGUCAAGCUGUUAUUGUACAAUAUUAUAACAUUCCAAAAAGACCGUUUACGACUAAACUAAUAAUGAAUUUCGUUAGGUAUUAUUUUCGUCGGUGACUGAUUUUAGAUGGGAUAUUUAUCUAUUUUCCUUAUCUUUUCCCGAUAGUCACUGUCUCUAACUAAUUCCUAUUAGUCAAUAAAAUUCGAUCAAAAAUAUUUUCGCAAUUUUGGUUAUAUAAGAUUGCAGUAGUCACAUCCCUUAGGUAGGUAAAUCUUUUAUCUAUUUAUUAUAUCAGCGACCAGCACAAUCCUAUAAAAUCAGUGUUUAAAUAUUAUUAGGCUGUUGUGUUAAUUAUUUAAUUUACUACAUGUAUAGUGGUGCGGGGUACGAAGUCCCCCGUGGGUUGCUCUGAACAUUCAUCUGCUUUUGAACAGUAUUUCCUGAACUAAAACCAGCGUCCGUCCUCAAUUUUUGUUCUAAUUCGAGUACUGAUUGUUGAUCUCAAAAAUGUCUUCAACUUCCUUAAUGCUGAGAAAGACUUUUCUGCAGAGCAAGAUGAGACUGUAAUAAUUAAGAUAAUUUGUAGGAAUUUGAAAAACUCUAAUAACAUGUCACACAAAUUAUCAGAUUUUAUGAAAUUUAUGGUAUGUUGAAAAUUGUUUAUAGAUGCAUCCUUAGAUUUUGCAAUAUCUAAGAACAUAUCUCGAUGUAAUAUAAAUUUAUCUCUGUUGAAAUCCCUUACAUAAAAUGCAAUAACAUUGACAUCGGUGGUCUAUCUUCACCGAUUACAAAUUUCUCUGACGAACAUAAAUUAUCGAUUACAUUUCGUUGAAAUCUACUAUUCAGUGCUGAUACAGUAACAUCUAUUAUUUCAUAAUAUAUAAGUUUAAAUUUAACUGAUAGAGCAAAUCUUAUUCACUGUUUUUUGGUGUUUUGUUAGGUUUUUGAUCAUUUGGCUCCUUAAUAUUGAGUUCUCUUGCCUUGGUUGAAAUUUCCAGCCAUAGUCAUUAAAGCCAAUUUCUCUUUGUUAUUCAAUUGAUGCAAUUAAGUAUUUAACUUUAAUUUUUACUUCAUGUAAUGAUAUCUUUUGGAGUUCUGCAAUGAGAAACUGAACUUUUUCAAAAAUAUUAAUCAUUACUUUGAUACAAAAUAAAAAUUCAUAUUUAAGCAAUUGUUUGAGAAAACCACUUGCUUUGGCACCAUUUCCUGACUUCUUUUUUGAUUUUUAUAUUAGGUUUACGAUUACGAUUGCCAUCUUUUUCUUCAAUAUCUACAUUUAUUUUUUGCCUAUUAUAAUUAUAUAGGGUGCUCCACACCCAAUUAGUAUUUUCAAUGGGUGCUUAAGCACCCGGGCAUCCAUGUACCUGGUGCCUAUGGGUGGGUAUUAUGGGGAAGGUGAGAUACACAUUAGUUAUUUAAUUUAUACCAGUAACCAACGAUAAACCAUUAAUAGCGAAAAACGAUUCGGAGCAAAGUUCGGUUAUACAUGUUUUUAAAGACCGUAAUAUUUACAAUUCUCGUCAAAAUUUGAUUUUAAAACUCUUAUAAAAAAAAAAAAAAUAAUAAAUAAAAAUACUACAUUAAACUAAUUUUUUUUUUUAACCACUUAGGACGGCUAAUAUUGAACCUCCUAUCAAAUUUUCAAGCAUUUCAAGUCCAACAAUUUAUCUACAGAGUACCUAACAAAUACAAAUUACGUAAACUUGCAAAAUUAAAAUGUCUUUAAAUAGCUUAAAUUUUCUGAAUGUUUUGCUAUGCUUAGAAACAUCAAAUAUAUGUUUUUUGACAACAUGUUAAGUUUCUACAAAUAUUUUUAAAUGAAUUACAUCAAGGAAAUAAAAUUUAAAACAAUAAAGAAUUAUUUUCGUAAUUGUUCCUAUUUUUUUGCGUAUUUUACAUCAAAUUAAAAGCAAUAGAUUCAUCGCUAUGCUCUGAGUCUAAAAUUAUGUACUUCUACUCACUCAAUUUAAAUAUUGUUCACCGCUUUUUUUUUUUUUUUAAUUUCUAUUAUAUUAAAAAACUGAAAAUUCUCUCUCUCCCCAUUUAAUUAAAAUUGACCAGGUAAUAUAAUCUAUAUAUUUAUUUAAUUAUAUAAUUCAUAUUUUUUCCAAUUCUCCUGGGUGAUUUACAAAACAUGUGCAUUUUUUUUCAAAUAAAUACAUCAUUUUAAUACGUUUACCAAAAUUUACAAAGAUAAUUUCAUAAAUGUAGAUCGCAUUUGCACGCGACUGCGCGUAAAUUAUUUGAUAUGAAAUUAAUAUAUUAUUUUAUUAAAAUAACAUUUUAAUUUAUAAAAUACAUGUCUUCCCUAGGUCUUAUUAUAUUAUAACUAAGUCACACCGAAAUAAAGUUACUUAAUUCUUGCACAGGUUUUAUCGAUGUGAUUCAUGAUGGCUUAGGUAGCGCAAGAUAAAACGAAUUAUUACGAUUAUAUGCAUUUGUAUACAAUUAAUACAAUUAUUCGUUUAUGUCUAAUAUUGCACGAGAUUGAAAAUCAUAUAUUAUUAUAGUAGGUAUGUGCAUUAAUUUUAUUAUAUCGUUUGGUAUUUAUAUCACAAAAUGUCACAUAAUAUACUAUAGUAAAUUGUAAUAAUAAUUGUGAAAUAUUAUAUAUUAUAUUUUUUUUUAUAAUAUAAUGUGGGUAAAGUACUUAUUUGAAACAGCCGAUAAUGGAUAUAAUAAUAAGUUAUAAUCUCUUAUAACAUAGACAAACCACAGCACGUGCUGUUUAUUCAUUUUAAGAAAAACCUUUGAUUAUUCUUUCGAGUCGUUAAGAAGAUACUAUUCUCUCUUAACCAUUUCAAAAAGACAAAAGACCCCAAGGACCACAUCUUCUUUAAAAAAGCAAUAGCGGAGGCUAGAUUCAUAGCCAAAUCAAUUACUUGAUGGAAAACUUUAUCAAACUUUUCUAUCAAUCACAAAAUUGAUUUCUCAGUACUAUGGAAUAAAAUUCGGACCUUAAAAAGACACAAAUGCCACAGUUUUCCUGAUCGAUUAGAGAUAACCAAAAUAAGUCUUAGCUUGACAUCUCCAGCUGACGUGGAAGUGUUCGCGCAGUUCUUCCAGAAUAACAAUAGUAAUAUGAAUUACUCAGAUGAAUUUUUAGCGUACACAAAUUCAGUGUCAACAUUAGCAGAAACUAACCCAUCCUUCAUCAAACAUAGUUUUAACCAAUCUUUGACCCACAAAGAAUUUCUCUCAGCCCUCCAUAACAGUACGAGCAAAAGCCCAGGACCGGACAGUCUCCCCAAUUCUUUCAUCCAAAACCUUCCGGCAAAUAUGGAAUUACAACUGUUCUACUUAUUUUCAAUUCAAUAUAGCCACAAGGGUAUUUCCAAACCAAUGGCGGAAUGCUUCGGUAAUCCCCAUUCCCAAACCGGAAAAGAACAAAUUUUAAAUUCACAACUAUUCACAUAUAAGAUAAAUUUCUUAUUAAAUAACUAUAAACACAAUGAACAAGAUCUUAGAAAAAAUUAA